AUGGCUGGAGAUUCAACAAAGAAACAGAAACUCGAGCCUUCGAAGGGGGUCUCAAAACCCCUGAAGAUUUUCAGCCCUUUCAGGUCCCUAGGCAAUGUGUCCAACGAGGUGCCCUUCGCAGUGGGCACUUUGGGUUCAACUUUCUAUAUAGUCACUUCAGUUGGGAGAUCUUUUCAAAUUUACGAUGCUUCCACUUUGCACUUGCUUUUUGUUUCCCAAUCACAAACCCAAGGCAAAAUUUCGGCGUUAGCUGCUCAUUUCCACUACGUCUAUGCCGCUUCUGGCACCAAAGUGGGUAUUUAUAAAAGGGGCCGUUUGGAGAUGGAGCUUGAAGUGCCAUGUUCUGCCUCUGCCUCAAUCAACCAUUUGCUUGUGUUUGGAGAGUACUUGAUUGCUGCCUCGAGUGACGGCCAGAUUAAUGUGUUCAAGAAAGCAGCCGGGUCCAAGAUUCCCUCAGAACAUUACACCACUAUCAACAGCAUAAAACCUAAGUUCGAUGGAGAUAUCGUCGGGUUGACUCACCCUCCUACGUACCUCAACAAGAUUGUCGUCGCUACAACUAACGGUAUCCAUCUUAUAAAUGUGCGUACCGCAAAGUCCAUCUACAAGUCGCCAGAGAACCAAUUUGGUGAGCCCCUUUCUGCCAUUGAAUUUGCACCUGCUCUUGAUAUUAUUGCGCUUGGAACGGGCUCAGGUAGUGUGUUCUUGUACAAUUUGAAAAAAGGUUCUAUUUUGGGCGAGCGAAUCAUCGCUUCUCCUCCCGAGACGGCUGCAAAGGUGAAUGCCAUUUCCUUCCGUACGGAUGGAUCUCACCAUCUUGUGGCUGCUUUGAGCAACGGUGAUCUCUACUUCCACGAUCUAGUCAAAAGGAACAGGGUUCAUGUUCUGAGAAACACUCACGCUGAGCCCACAGGCGGUGUUGCCAAUGCCAAGUUCUUAAAUGGCCAGCCAAUUGUUGUUACCAACGGCGGAGACAACCAGUUGAAGGAACUUGUGUUCGACCCUCCUCUCUCGACUACAAACAGCUCUGUUGUCUCUCCUCCUAGGCAUUUACGUUCUCGUGGUGGGCAUUCAGCACCACCCGUCGCCAUAGUGUUCCCCAACGAAGAUAAGUCUCACUUCGUUUACUCUGCUUCUAAGGAUAGGUCAUUGUGGUGCUUUUCGAUGAGAAAAGACGCUCAGGCUCAGGAGGUAUCUCAGAGAUCUCCUAAGGAUUCUAAGAAGAAGGGCGGCCCAGUUGCUCUGAUGCGUGAAAAAGUUCCAGAGAUCACUACGCUUGCAAUGUCUGUUGCCAGAGAGGGGGACUGGGAGAAUAUGGUAACGGCUCACAAGAAUGAAAUAUUUGCGAGAACCUGGGACUCUAAGCACAAACGCAUUGGUCGCCAUGAACUUGCAACUGUGGAUGGCGGUUUUGCCAAAGCAGUAUGUGUUUCCCACUGCGGUAACUUUGCUCUCGUUGGCUCUUCUAAUGGUGGAAUCGGUGCCUAUAACUUGCAGUCGGGUUUGCUCCGAAAAAAGUAUAUGUUACACAAGAAUAAAGCAGUCACUGGCUUGGCUAUCGAUGGUAUGAAUAGAAAAAUGGUCAGCUGUGGUCUUGAUGGAAUUAUUGGAUUCUAUAACUUCUCAGAGUCCAAGUAUCUCGGGAAACUUGAGCUUGAGGCACCCAUCACGAAGAUGGUGUAUCACAAGGGCUCCGACUUGGUUGCAUGUGCUCUCGAUGAUUUGAGCAUUGUUGUUGUUGAUGUCGUCACUCAGAAAGUUGCCAGAGUUCUUUUCGGACACAGCAACAGAAUCACAGACCUUGACUUUUCACCUGACGGACGCUGGAUUGUAAGUGUCAGUCUUGACGGCACUUUAAGAACCUGGGACAUCCCAACUGGUGGAUGCAUAGAUGGUAUCCGCCUUCCUAACGUGGCCACCAAUGUCAAGUUCUCACCAAUUGGAGACUUCUUGGCUACUACGCAUGUCUCCAGCAAUGGCAUAUCGCUCUGGACCAACAGAACACAAUUCCAUCCUGUUUCUACUAGACAGAUGGAGGAAAUUGAGUUUUCUACUGCCCUUUUACCAAAUGUUUCUGGAGAAGGUGGUGCAUCUAUCAUCGAAGGAGCUUUGGACAUCACGGAACAAGACGAGCUUGAUAUUAACCAAGUUUACCAUUCCGUCGAUCAGAUUAACGAUGAUCUCUUGACGUUGCAUGUCGGAGACAGAAACAAAUACUCGAACAUAUUGCAUCUUGAUAUCAUCAAAAAGAGAAAUAAGCCUAAGGAGGCUCCAAAAAAGCCCGAAAAAGCACCAUUUUUCUUAUCAUUGAGUGGUGAAGCGGUUGGCGAUCAAGCCAUUGUUGCAGAAAAUGGGUUGACCAAAUCUUCGAAUGGUAGUUCAACAUCCACUGAAGACUCACGCCUUAGAGCACUUAAAGAAACCGGAGAGCACAACUUUGAGUCUCAAUUCACUCGUCUGCUUAGAGAAGGCAGCGAGUCGAAUGACUAUAAGGAAUUCAUUGAUUUUUUGGUGAAUUCUGCUCCCUCGCUUAUAGACCUCGAACUCCGCACGUUGAACACGUUCCCCCCUUUGCGUGAAAUGACCAACUUCGUCAUUUCCAUGAACCAAGCGUUUGAGUUAAACUCCAACUACGAUGUUUUGCAGGCCAUUUUUGGCCUCUUCUUGAAACACCAUGGCGACGUCAUAUACGCCCAUCCAGAAGAAGAAGAAUUACACGAGGCGCUCGAGAGAUGGGGACAAUUGAAUCAGCAGAAAGGUGACAAACUCGAGGAGCUUGUCAAGUAUUGCUCUGGUGUCAUCAAUUUUGUGUCUACCGUGUAA